UUACCAAAGCUGGCAGAUCACACGCGAAUACUGACCCCUUUGACCACCAAGACAGCCGACGCACAUUGGCCUAGCUGGACGUUGGAACACCAAGAAGUGUUCGAUGCCAUCAAACAGCUGGUAAUAAGCUGCGACUGCCUAAUGACAAUUGAUCACGACAACAUCGGAGACAACAAGAUUUUCAUCACCUGUGAUGCAAGUGAUUGGAGGACUGGUGGGAUG